GAACACCCUCGUCACACUCCGAUCCGUGCCGUCCCAUGUGAUUCCGUCCCAUGUACCAAACACCUAGAGGAACUCCACCCCAGUGUGGUUUAGGGCUUAAACAGAGCCACCGAUCGCUCCGGAAGGACUCCUGGGUAAGUCGAUUCGACACUCACCGCCGCCCAAUUUCCGAAAAGGAUGACAUUUUGAAGGCAGAAUUCGAAAAUGAAACCCGAACAAACCCCGUCCCAGCUCGACCGAUCUCACCGUUCUGCCGGCAACCGGUGCAGCACGCGUUCCCAAGUAGCCCCGGACUGGAAUCCGACGGACGAGCUCAUCCUCGUGAACGAGGUCGCCGCAGUCGAGGCCGACUGUCUGAAAGCGCUGUCGUCGUUUCAGAAAUGGAAGAUCAUAGCUCAGAACUGCUUUACCCUGGGCGUGUCGCGGACAUUGGACCAGUAUCGCCGGAAGUGGGACGCUUUGUUCGGCGAGUACAAGGGGAUCAAGCAGUGGGAGGCGAAGUGCCGAGCUUCGGAUUCGUACUGGGUUUUGGGAAUUGAGAGGAGGAAGCGGAAUGGGUUGCCGGAGAAUUUUGAUCAGGAGCUGUUUAGUGGGAUUGAUAAGCUUGUAAGGGUGAGGGGAAACCAAUCGGAUACGGACCCGGAUAGUGAUCCCGAAGACGAGGCGGAGGCUGAGCCGGAGGAACUUGAUUCCGAGCCAGAGUCCAAGAGGAGAAAGCGUCGAUCAAUACCUCAGAAAAGCUGUCCUAAAGAAAAUUCAUUUAGAAGCUGCAAGAGAGAAAAGCCUCGCGAAACUCAUGCUCAAGAAAAACCUCAAGAAACCCAUGCAGAAGAAAAACCUGUGGGAAGCGGCUUAAAAGCAAUUCCUACGAAGAGCCUGGCAGAAGAACGGCCUCAGAAGAGCUGUGUGAAGAAAAAACUUACAAAUAGUCAAAGAAAAGAGGAGGCAAUCAGCAUUGAAGAACAAGAGAAAACUGCAGCUAUGAAAUUGCAUGAAAGUGCAGAACUAAUCCGUGCUAUCGUUACUGAGAAACCUGACCAUGAGGCUGCUGGCGUGAAGAGCACCGGGGACCUCCAAACUGAUUUUGUUAGGUGCCAAGGGGACCGGGUCAUUGCAUGCCUUGGCGAUAUUGUGAAGACUCUCGACCAGCUCCAUCAUCUUGUCCAGGAAUGUGAAUAGUUUUUCCCUAACUUUUAAUUUCUUUUGAACUGAAUGUGAAUAUUUAAAUGGUUAAGAGUUUGGUGUUAAAGUUUAUCUUUAAUGGUAGAUGCAACGUUGGAAUUAGUUUCA